AUGGCUUGGUUUACGACUCUACCUCGGGGAUCUAUCAUAAAUUUUCGCGACUUCUCAUCGAAGUUCCUCGUCCAGUUCUCCGCGAGCAAAACCAAGCAGAUAACGAUCGAUGACCUAUACAAUGUCCGCCGAUUAGAGGGUGAAACUUUGAAACAGUAUGUGAAGCGAUUCAGUGCGGCGUCUGUUAAAAUUGAGGAGUCAGAACCACAUGCUUGCGCGCACGCUUUCAAGAACGGGUUGCAGCCAGGAAAGCUGAACAGUAAGUUGAGCCGUAAGCCGGCUCGGUCGAUGGCAGAGAUCCGGGCGCGGAAAAACACUUACAUCUUGGACGAGGAAGAUGAUGCUUUCAAAAGAAAGCGUGCAAAAAUGGAUAAGGAUGGCGAUCAGAGGGACGCAUCGUCGGAAGGCAAAGAAAGUAAAGAAAAAGGGGAAGGCAAUAAGCGGCGAGAUAAGAAGGUAAAGUCAAGAGAGAAGGCUGUGAAGGAAAGCUUCGAGCGCCGUCGUCCGUGGCAUCAGGCCGACUCUCGCCGGCGAGAAGAGCUGGGGAAAAGUUUAAGUGCGCAUUUGACGGAGCUACUUCGGGAGGUCAAGGCGACACAUGCGGUUGAGGAAGGCGAGAAGGAGACCGACCCGCCUCGAGUGGCGAUGGAUAAAACAAAGUGGUGCGAGUACCAUCGCUCGGCGGGCCAUGGCACUAGGGAUUGUUUCACCUUAAAAAACGAGAUUGAAAGGCUCAUCCGGGCGGGACGCUCGCAGUUAAAUGACCGAGGUGACCGCUGGUACGGUGAACGACAGCAGGGGAAUCGGUAUAAAGGGGGCCGCCAGCAGGAUGAUCGCAGGCGGGACGAUCGCCGUCGUACGCCGACCACUGACAAGAAGGAAACGCUGGCAACGAGGAAGAAGGGGGCAGAAGAAACCUUCAACAAAGAUCUCGAACCGCCAGUUGGGACGAUAAAUACGAUUGUAGGUGGCUUUGGUGGAGGCGGCGACACAGUCUCGGCGAGACGAAGGCAGGUUAGGGCGGUGACAUCAGUACAAGAGUAUGAAACCCUGUUCGGUUUUCAUCACCCAAAUAUCGUGAUAUCGUCAGCAGAUUUCGAGGGGAUCAAGACGCAUAAGGAUGAUCAUGUGGUAGUAAUAGUAAGGAUCAAUAGCUUUAAUGUGCGAAGAGUUCUUUUGGACCAGGGAAGUUCUGCAGACAUUAUCUACGGCGAUGCGUUCGAUCAGUUGGGAUUAACAGACAAGGACUUGAUGCCAUACACUGGGACUCUGGUAGGCUUUUCAGGAGAGCAGGUCUGGGUGCGUGGCUACCUGGAUAUAGACACGGUUUUUGGUGUUGAUGAGAACGCCAAGCUUCUGCGUGUAAGGUAUUUGGUAUUACAGGUCGUGGCAUCAUUCAAUGUCAUCAUCGGACGGAACACGCUCAAUCGUCUCUGCGCGGUGAUUUCAACGGCUCACCUGGCGGUGAAGUAUCCACUAAUCUGCGGAAAGGUGGGAAAAAUCGUGGUCGAUCAGAGGAGGGUGAGGGAAUGCUAUAACAACUGCCUUAGUUUGUAUGGAAAGAAGGGAGCCGGCGAGGGAAACAGGUGCCACGAGAUUAAGGUCUUAGAGGGCGAUCAAGAUAGGCAGGGCGUGCAGGAUCAGGGGCGAAACGGACCAGGAAGAUUGGAGCAAAUGAUUGAUCGAAAGAUAGAAAGAUUAAGGAACAACCAAGGUCAGAGAAGGCCAGAUGGCAGGACAGGAAGAGACGGAUAA